AUGAGCAUCCUCCAGGGCUCUGGCUACGAGCUCAUCGUCAACCCUCAAGACUCCGAGCCAAGCAGAGAAUGGGUGUUGCACCAGAUCGCCGACCCCCAGGUAGGCGCGGCUUGUAUCAUGCACAGUCAGCCUAGCGACAAAGUAGACCAGGAAUUCAUCGAUGCAUGCAACGAGAAUUUGAAGUGUGUUUCCACAUUCAGUGUCGGAUAUGGUGAGUCUGCUACCCCGCUCAACAUCGCUGACACGCCAGACCACAUCAACGUGAAAGCUGCUCAUGCCCGAGGGAUCAAAAUUGGACACACCCCAGGUGUAUUGAACGAUGCUGGUCGGCUAUGGAAUCAACCUCGUGAAGCGUGGAGAGGUGAGUCCGUUGAAACUUACAAAGCUAACCCUCAGUGGCCCCAAAUCCCAUGGGCUCCGUUCGUCCUCUGUGGCCAUUCUCUUGGCCACCCUGGUCUCAAGAUCGGAUUCCUUGGGUUUGGUAGGAUACCCCAAGCGGCCGUCGACAGGCUAUUGGCUUUUACCAACAAGACCGAACCGCCAACCAUCAUCUACACCUCCUCGCGAGAAAGAGAGAACCAAGCUACCAUCGACGCCAACUUCACAAAGAGGUGGGGUGUCGAUAUCAAGCGAGUCGAGAAGGACAUACUUGCGUCCCAGGCGGACGUCCUCAUCGUCUUGUGCGACCUCAACCCGUCCACCAAAGACAUCGUGAACAAAGACUUCCUGGCCAAGAUGAAACCCACCUCAAUCCUGGUCAACGUUGCGAGGAUAGGUAUCGUUCUUCCACACCUUGGCUCCGGCGAUUUCGACACGAGAAACAAAAUGGCAGAGCUUUGUGUGCGAAACGCAAUCCAAAGUAUGAAGGGCGAGCCAUUGCUUGCCGAGGUAAAAGGUUAA